AUGAGCUCGGCGCCUCCUGACGAUGCCACUGUUCCCACCUCCAUCGCCAUGCCCAGGGUGGGGCAGAGGAUUACGUACUCGAGGGAGCUCCUGCUCGCCGUCGGCAGCUCCGACGCCUGCAAGGUGCUGCCCGGCGGCGUCGACAUGUCCAAGCAUGCCGAUGACGUGAAACUCUGGGUUAACACGGAGACUUGGGCUGCACGCUCGGUUGGAGGAGCAGCACCUGGACGCCGAGGGAGGUCGGAGGAAUUGACUCAGCGAGCACGAGAGCCGGAGUCUUUUCAAGCAGGCGUGGGAAGCAAAUCCAAGCCAUGCCUCAGAUUCUUCAGUACGGCAGGUUGCCGCUUUGGUGACAACUGCCACUUCAUCCAUGACAUCCCGGGCGGCUACCUGGCCGUCGAGAAAAUGAGCAUCCUGAGUGGCGCAGCCCCUUCACUCCCACCAGCAAAAGACGAGGAGAAGCCUGCCAAGCAUUUGCCCAUGGACAACGCAAGGUCACCACCCAUGGAACCAGUUCCUACCGGUGACCAUGCACUUCAAGCACGGACGGCGCCCGACCCCGGCAAGGCAGCUGUGGCGAGCUUCGGCGCUUCGGCGACGGCCAAGAUCUGCGUGGACGUGUCCCUCGUUGGCGCCAUCAUCGGGCGGGGCGGAGCCACGAUAAAGCAGAUAUCCCGGGCCAGCGGCGCCAGGCUGCGGGUCCGCGACCACGACUGGGACGCCGACUUGAAGAACGUGGAGCUGGAGGGCACGUUCGAUCAGAUCAAGAACGCUUACGAUAUGGCCAUGGAGCAGCUGAUCCACGUUGUCAACCACGACAGUGGCGGCGCCCCUCCGCCGGCGGCUGGAGGAAAUAAGGCAGCUGCGGGGUCUCUCGGCAGCGGAUGGCAACUAGAGAGUUUCAAGACCAAGCUGUGCGGGCACUUCACCAGGGGAUGCUGCACUCAUGGCGACGGGUGCCGCUUUGCUCACGGCGAGAGCGAGCUGCGCAGGCCGGUUCCUGCUGCUCGAGAUCCGUGUGGUUGGUAG